CUUACUUCCUCCUGGCUUUCAAGAUGGCGGCGGCAGGUCCUUCCCGGCGGCUCUUCGAGGUCUUCGUCGCCCGCGUGCCUUGGACGGCGGGGCCAAGUGAGUGGGGUGCGGGGUUAGCGGAGGGAAGGGGGUUUAGAGAGUCCCAAGGGGUGCUGUAAGUCGGCCCCUUUGGCGUCUUAAAAGGCGGCUAGCCGGGGUUAUAGCGUGGGUGCCUGGCGCUUCCCGCUCCCGAGGUUUUAAGCCCUUUUCUCCAUCCCUGCAUCAGAUGCUUGGGAGGCCCGAGACGUGAGUCGAACCCACCUUCUUUCUUGUGCUGAGGGCUUUGUACCCCGGCUAAAGGGCUACAGAGGAAGGGAUUUCGGCUGACGCCAUGCAAGCAGCACCUACAGAAACCGCCUUUCCUCUGCAAUAGUGCAGCGCUCUGAAUUCUUUUGCAGCGGUCCAUCUUCCAUGUGUACAGCCCUAAGAGGAUCUCCACUAUUCUCGCCCUAAUUUAAAAACCACGUCGUCGUCAUGCACAGAAACGCCCCAAGACAACCUGGUUUGAUAAAUAACUCUCUCUCUUUUGCAGAUGAAGUAAAACAAUAUUUUGCUCAGUUUGGCUCUGUGAGAAAAUGCUUGGUGCCAUUUGUGAGUAUCAUCGCCGUUAACUGAACCUAAACUCAACAAAAUAUUUCUUCUCCACCACGUUUUAGUUUUAUACAAUUGCAAUUUACAUAAAACAGUAAAAUUCAGGUCUGGCACAAAGCCACCUAACAAAUAUUAAUAUCCAGUUGGUAUCAUCACCUGCAUUUGGAUUUUAAAAUGCAUCUGAAAAUUAUAAAAGAAAAAUUCAAAUGAUUGAGACAAUGCAGUAUUCCCUGCUGGCACCUUUAGAACUGUAUUUGAACACACUUAGCAGAGGCCACCAAUGGUUCUUUUUCUUCCCAUGCAUUUUACAAACUUUAUUUUCAGAUGGACUUUCAGCUAGUUUCUGCCCUCUGUGAUAUCUGCAUCUAAGGGCUGCUUGUGCUCAGACGCUGAUAUCUCAGGGUUAAAGAAAAGCAUGCACUAUCCACUUAAUAUGAAGGGCAUACAGUUCCCACUUUACGAUAGAUUGCUUCCUAUCUUGUGCCGUUCAGUGCUUGUGUAUUUAAAUCAGGGAUACAGGGACGGACACACACACACAGCUUUUGCUGUGCUAACAUGACAGGACAUCAAAAAAUGAGCACUUUGCGUUUCAUGGGAAUGCAUUACUUUUGUACUGAAAUCUUAAUGAUUUCAGUGGAAGGGUUAAUUAUGCAACUAUGGCUAGAUCAUGUUCCAAGUUGAGUAUUUUGUGUUUGGAUACUGGCAAUCAAGUACAAAAUGUUACUUGUAGAGUAACUGCUUUCCUUUAAAUUUUAUAUUUACAGUGCAAUCACAUAUGUCUACUCACAAGUAAGUCCUCUUUUAAUGAGGAUUUACUCCCAGCUUAUAGGAUUUCAGCUAUAACUCCACUCAUUCCCAGUGGCCUAUCCAAAAUUAGUUUCCCCCAGAAAAUUCUCAACCCCCCAGUGAGGCGUUCACAAAGUAAAGGAAGGAUUGAACUCUGAUUAAUAAGAAUAGACACAGAGACUUGAACCAGCAAGACUCUGGGAAGGGUGCAUAUAAUAUUCUGUCUGUCUGCAGCCCCUGGCCCAGGUAGUUUUAUUUACAAAAGAGCUUUUUACAGAGUGUUCGUAAGAACCAAUCAGAUUUCCUCUGAGCAUUUCAACAAACCCUUGUGGGAACAAGUUAAACCACCAAAACUAAUUAACAGAACUACAAAGGAGUCCACACACAUGAUAAGGAGGAUGGCCAGGAGGACAGCAAUCAUUAUCACCUUCAUGUGAGAUCUGUUUCCUGGCCCUAAGAUUAACAUCCUAAGAUUACCAUAUCAGAAAGCUACAUCAAAGAAGCUUGCCCACUACCUUUAUGGCCCAAGAGCCUGCCUGGCGAAGCAACUGGGCUGUGUACGUGACUUUGGAAGCAAGAGAGAUGGAACAGGGAUGCAGAGGUGUGGAUUGAUCAAGAAUCCUAUCAAAAUAGUUUAAACCCAGUCAAUGCAAUGCUUUCAUUGCUGACACAGAUGGCUUACUCUAUAUUUGUUAUAAUUCCUCAUAGCAAUCCCACCUGAUCACCACCCCAGUAACUAUGGGCCGCCUUUGUGCAUGAUGCCUGGUGUUGAUGGAAGUUUGAAUUAAACAACAUGUGGAGGGUACCACAUUGGCUACUCCUGAGGCAACUAGUUAGCUUCCAGCAAAUUCAUUCUUGUCAUCCCACAUAAACCAGUGAAAUAAGUGGCUAGGAAACUUCCUAGUCUGCUGGGAAGAGAAUAUAAUUUGCCAGUUGUUUAACAUUUAUGAUUGGUAAUGGCUUUCUGCAUGACGCUGUUGUUCACCAGGUUUCUGUUGAAGGUGAAAAGGGCACAUGUAGUCCAUACUGAAGUAGCAUUUAAGCAGUAGUUGAUUAAGUACAUAGGAUCCAUCAAAUCUAAAUCAAUUCAACGUACUUGUUUUGGAUGAUUAGGAUAAAGAAACGGGAUUCCACAAAGGUUUUGGCUGGGUUGGAUUUUCUACAGAAGAAGGUCUUAAAAAUACUUUGCAGAAAGACACUCAUAUUCUAGAAGGAGCUAAGGUAAGAGGCUAUGGUACUGUGCAUACUGAAUUUCUUAUCCUAGAAGAGAAUUGCUAUUUUAUAUUUAAAGGUGAACAUGGAGAAUGGCCUGGUUAGCUUGUUUGUUGCACAUUUCAGACCUUUCACAAGUUCAGACCUAAUAAGUGACUUGAGACUUGCAUAAAUACAACAGAUUUAUAAGCAGGGGAGUGAAUAGUUUUCAGUCCAAGGGGCAUAAUCCCUUGUGGACAACCUUCUAGGCCUACACCCCAGUGGUGGAUGGGGUCCAGAAAGUGGGCAGAGCAAUGGAUGUGACUUACAGUAGGCUACCUAAGAGCCUUGCAAAACCAGAGGCUUUAUCCAUCCACCUGUCCAUAUAGAAAAGCAAGAGGCGGCACCACAGUUAAAGAACAUGUUCCAGAUUGGUAAAAGAGAAAGGUGUGGACUGAGGAGUCUUGAGAGCCAGCAUUUGGUGGCAUGUCUUUGUUUUACCCACUCCUGAUCUACAGGGUGUAAUAUAUCAUCAUGGUCUGAGCAAGGAGAGGGUAAGUUUGCGCUCUCCUAACACGGUCUCAUUGCUUGAUUGCGUGGAGGAGGAAGAGAAUUGUUUCCUACUGUGUUAUAGUAAUCCCCCCCCCCCUUUACAGGCAGCACUGAGUAGGGGGCAAUGCUAGUGUUAAGCUUCAACCCACCACUUUCCCAAGCCGAGCUGACCACAGAGAACAGGGCAAGGAGAAAACAACUGACACAGCUGAUUUGUACAUACAGUGGUACCUCUGGUUACGUACUUAAUUUGUUCCGGAGGUCCGUUCUUAACCUGAAACAGCUCUUAACCUGAAGCACCACUUUAGCUAAUGGGGUCUUCUGCUGCUGCUGCACUGCCACCACGACGCAAUUCCUGUUCUCAUCCUGAAGCAAAGUUCUUAACCUGAAGUACUAUUUCUGGGUUAGCAGAGUCUGUAACCCGAGGCGUAUGUAACCCGAGGUACCACUGUACUCUGUUGUGGUACUUGAGAGGCACCUUAGUUAGCAUUGUCAUCCACAAACAUUUAUUCACAACGGAUAGCUACAUUUUAUCUCUACCGCUUCCAGCUGCAGCAGAGGUGGUGGGCUGGAGUUGAAAUACUCAGGGGCAUGUUCUUAAGUGUGCUUCUUGGGUCUUUGCAGCUCAGGUGCAACGCAAGCCAGGCUGUAAAGAUAUGCUUUGCAAACCUAACUUUCAGCAGGGAUCAGUUGUACUAGGGAACUUCCGUAAAGAGCUCCUGAGUGCAACCAGUUCCAGUGGGUUUUGCAUUUGGUGCCAGUUAAAAGGAACCCAAUGCAAAGCGUGCUUGCCAAGGAACAUUUCAGAGACCUUGUACCACUUAUUCUUUUCUCAGCUAACCCUCCUCAUAGGAUUGUUACAAGGAUGAAGGAGAGGAAAAUUAUGCACCCCACUUUCAGGUCCUUACAGGAAAGAAGAGAAAUAAAUAAAAUGGCUCUCAUGUUCUAUCCUUCAUAGUUCAAUUCAUACCUGAAAUAAGUUCAGUCUAACAGUCUUUUCACAGACAUUUACUUCACAAAUGAAAAUGAGUCUUGAAAAUUUCGUGGAGUGUGAGGUUAUGGAAAUCUAUAAUGUUUAAAGUUCUAAAUGUGAAAUGGGGUAUAUUGAAUAAAGGAAAGUUGGUUGAUCAUUAGUCAGUGAUUUACAGUUGAAAGUUGGCAUAAUUAAAUGUUGAAAGCCAUUUAUGAAGCUGUAUCUGAAACACACAUUGUUGUAAUCCUAGGUAAUUUUAAUUAAUAAGCUGAUCUGGUAUUUCUUUCAGCCAAAAACGUAUUUCAUUAGGGGUUCAAAACAGGCCUUGAUUCAUAGAAAUUUACACAAAUGUUUUAUGAAGAGUGGUUUCAACUUAUGUGGAACAUCACCUAAAAAAUGAAUAUAUUAAGUAUAUCAACAUUGAUAUGGAUAUUAAGAUUGUUUCUUCUACUGCCUUACUAGCAAUUGUGUUUGUUCAAUCUUUCAGCUUGAUGUGAAACGUCAGAAAAGCAAAGGCCACUUUUCAAACAGAAGAACUGCUGACAUCAGUUAAAGGAAGGAGACUUUAUUUCACUGCUGUAUAAAGAAACUAAAAUAAACUUGGAUAUGUAUUCAUCUCAGUUAAAUGAAUCCAGCUGUUUCUCAUAAGCUUAAGAUGAAUGAACUAUACAAUCACAGCAGAGCAAAUGAACCACAAUACACUUUCUUCCCCCUCUCACAUACGUUACAGCAGAAGCAGGGCAAACUAUGUACAAGGGGGUAUUAUCAGAUGGAAUAAGCAGCUUUAACUAAGAACUCCAUAUACACCAGGCAGCUUAUUCUGACCUUAAGAGAACAGAGCUCCACCUGUGUAAAAACAAAGGGGCAGCACAAAGCUAGAGCCCCAAACACAAAACCUAUAAUUCAGUGGUCCAGUUUUUCCUUACUUCCUCUGUUCCUUGGGCAAAAGUGUCCCUUUAGCUGGGUGCCUAUAUCCACUAUACAGGAACUGUCAGGUGGUUUAGACAAUCCCCUGCAGUCUUGUUUAAAAUGCUUGAAACCAAUUCCUUACUCUUUCCUUCUCUUCUUGCCUUCAUGCUCAUGUUCUUUAGGACGGCUACUAUCAGAAGGCCUUUUUGAGCCCCCAUGCUGUUUGGCUUCCUCCAAGAAUUUGUCUAGACCGAAAGGAUCCUCCUCAAACUGAACUGGUCCUUCUCGACCUCUUUGCCUGCGG